GGAGGAGGGAGGAGGGAGGGAAGUAAGGAGCAGCUUUCUCGAAGAGGCAGAGACCGGUAGAGCCAGCAGACCGGAGAGCAGGGCACAGAGGAAGGGACUGAGCGAGAAGGCAGAGGUGUGGUGAGAGCAGAUAGAGGGCUGCUGGGGGGAGAGAGGGAGAGGCAGAAGGAGAGACAGGGUGGUGGGCAAGUGGGGGAGAAGGACAGAACUAGGGAGAGGGAAGGACGGAGAGAGGAGGAGAGAGGCAGAGAGCCGGCCAGCCAGCCGCACACACAAGGAGAAGGGGUGGCCCAUGGGGAGGGCGGUGGGCAUCUGAGCUCCCCCUCUCCCUCACCCCCACCUGCACCCCGGGGACCUCUCUAGUCCAGUCCGCACAGAGGCCGUGGGGCGUGGGGGGAUGGCCGACUCGUGCAGGAACCUCACCUACGUGCGGGACUCGGUGGGCCCGGCCACCAGCACCCUGAUGUUCGUGGCGGGCGUGGUGGGCAACGGGCUGGCCCUGGGCAUCUUGGGGGUGCGGCGACGCUCACGUCCCUCAGCCUUUGCUGUGCUGGUCACUGGGCUGGCGGUCACCGACCUGCUGGGCACUUGCUUCCUGAGCCCGGCCGUGUUCGUGGCCUACGCCCGCAACAGCUCACUGCUGGGCCUGGCCUGGGGCCGGCCCGCCCUGUGCGACGCCUUCGCCUUCGCCAUGACCUUCUUCGGCCUGGCCUCCAUGCUCAUCCUCUUCGCCAUGGCCGUGGAGCGCUGUCUGGCGCUCAGCCACCCCUACGUGUACACCCAGCUGGAUGGGCCGCGCUGUGCCCGCCUGGCCCUGCCUGCCAUCUAUGCCUUCUGCGGCCUCUUCUGCGCGCUGCCCCUGAUGGGCCUGGGCCAGCACCAGCAGUACUGCCCGGGAAGCUGGUGCUUCAUCCGCAUGCGCUCCACGGAGGCCGGUGGCCGCGCCUUCUCACUGGCCUAUGCCAGCCUCAUGGCCCUUCUGGUGGCUGCCAUCGUGUUGUGCAACAGCUCCGUCACCCUGAGCCUCUGUCGCAUGCACCGCCAGCAGAUGCGCCACCAGGGCCCCCCGGUCCCCGGGCCCCGGGCGGGAGAGGACGAGGUGGACUACCUCAUUCUGCUGGCCCUCAUGACUGUCAUCAUGGCCGUGUGCUCCCUGCCCCUCACGAUCCGAGGCUUCACUCAGGCCAUCGCCCCAGACAGCAGCGAGAUGGGGGACCUCCGUGCCUUCCGAUUCAACGCCUUCAACCCCAUCCUGGACCCCUGGGUCUUCAUCCUCUUCCGCAAGGCUGUCUUCCAGAGGCUCAGGCUGUGGUUCUGCUGCCUGGGUCCCAGGCCUACCCACGGCAACUCGCAGGCACCCCUCUCCCGGUCCGUCUCUGGGAGGAAGGACUCAAGGGCUCCCGCCACUCCCAGGGGGAAGGAGGGGAGCCGGGUACCUUUGUCAGCCUGGGGCGAGGGGCCGGGGACACUCGGGCCCCAGGUGCAGCGAGCUGGCAGCACUGUGGGUACAUCAACCAAAAUGGGGUCCGCAGCCGGCUGCUCCCUCUGCUGACAUCGGCUGCCUAUGAUCUCCUGCCCCCGGCUGCUGGGAGCAGGAGCCCGACGCUCAGGGCCGUGGCUAUCUGUGGAUGAGCGGAAGUGAGCCCCCGGAGUCCUUGCCUGCCGGAAUCCUGACCCCCCUAAAUGCAGGGGGGGCAAUCAGCUGCUAUUUCCCUGUUUCUCCUUCUCUGGGGGUGGCCCCGACAGGCUCUGGGAGAAGAAGGAGGGAGACGGGGACUGUCUGUCCUGGAGCAAAAAAGAACACUUCUCUCAAAAUAACCCUGGGUCCAGCCAGCCCAGUCUGGUCCUCGCUUGCCCAUCCAUCUCACUGUCUAAAUAUUUAGAAGGCAGAAAAGUUUCCCAGAAGCUUCUGUGCAUUCAGGUCGGCUCUGGUUUGGCUUCCGGCUCUGACACACACCAGUUCAGGGUGCCGGGCUGCGCACCCCAAGCCCCCACGAACAGCACAGGUCCUCUCCCAAGCCGCUCUAAAAGUCAGACCCUCUCUGCCUCCUGGGACCCAGCGACUCCUGGAUCAGCUCCCGGCCUCCCUUCACUCCUGAUUUCCCAUCAGACUUGGAAGCCCCCGCCCCCACCCUCCAAGGGGGAGGCCAGAGGAAGGAGAGACUGCUGCACUGCAAGGAGCAUGGGCUGGACGCGUACCUGGGUGGGCCGUAAGAUGUGGACCGUGGGAGCCCGUGUGUGUGUGUGUGUUGGUGGGGGGAUGGAGAAGCUGGAGGACAAAGGCAUGGGGGUUAGGGAUCCUGGGGUCCCCGCAGGGGACACAGCCUGUCUCUGGAUGAGUAGCUGUGGUUUACCUACAAAGCCUGCCCUCACCUCCUGCAUUCUCAGAGCCCUCGCAAAAAGGUCAUUCAUUCAUUCAACAGCGAGCAGCCCGACAGACCAGUCCCUGCCCCAGCCUGGACUCUGCUGGGGUGAUUUCCAGCCUUCAGGCUUCUCCUGCCCUAAAGAGAGGCCCAAGAUCAAGGGUGCUCAGGAGGGAGCCAACUGGCAGAAGGGAAGUGGUGUUUAUGGGAAAUGGGAAAGCCCUUUUCUCCCCCCAACCCCACCCAGUUCCCCUUUGAGGUUGUUCCAGGGUUGAAAGCCCUUGAUCUGGGGUUAAAAGGGUAAAUGUGAACCUGGGGACAGGCCAGGUAGGGAGGCAUGGGCCUCUGGAGAGAUAACAGCACCUUAGCUCUGCUGUCAUUGGAGCCUUUCCACAGACUCUGGAAUCAAGGUCCAGAGAGGGUAAUCGCCAGCCCUAGGUCACACAGCAAGGAGGAAUUCUCAGUGGGAAGCUGACCUUUCUGUCUCCAGAAGCCAGCUCCCUUGUUUGCUUACCAACUUUGCCUCUCUGUGCCUCGCCCUCCUUUGGUGCAGAACCGCAAUCGAUCAGUAAUCUAGAAUUCAGUUUAUAGGGUGGUGUGGAGGAUUAACUGAUUACCUCUGAUAAGCAGCUGAGCACUGGGCCUGACUGGAAUAAAUACCACAAAAAUGUUACAGUUACUGCAAUCCUGUUGUUGCUGUUGUGUGUGGCUAGCUGGGCAAAUGUGGGCUGAAAAAAAGCAACAUUUCCCUCCAUGGGUCUUUCCACCGCUAUGAUUCAAAUCACAUUACAGAAGAACAAGGGGGUGUCUGGGGGGAGUUAAAGAUUGGUCAGGAUAACUGGUUUAUGGGGUAUGGGUUUCCUUUUGGGGUGAUGAAAAUGUUCUGGAAACCAAUAGUGCUGAGGGUUUCAUAAGAUCGUGAAUGUACUAAAUGUCUGAAUUGUACACUUUCGAAUAGUUUAUUCUAUGUCAUGGGUAUUUUGCCACAAAAAAAAAAAUGUAA